AUGGAUGGCUUCGGAACUGAUCAGAACUUAUAUUCUAAAUUAAAACCUUUGAAUCCUUUUAUUGAUGGCGAAGGCUUGCUGAGAGUUGGUGGAAGGCUCGAAUAUGCUAACAUAUCGUAUGAACAAAAGCAUCCUAUAAUACUUCCCAAGUCUCAUUAUGUUACAGAAUUAUUUUUACGCGGAGAACACGAAAGACUUCUGCACGCCGGCACUCAAACCACACUUUCGGUUGUGAGACAAAAAUAUUGGCCAAUUGAUGGCCGCAAUACAAUUAAAAAAUUAAUUCAUAAGUGCGUUAAGUGCGCUAGAUUUAAGGCGGCGGCUGCAGAACAACUUAUGGGCAGUUUACCAGUCGAUCGUGUUAAUGUGAAACGUCCGUUUUUAGCUGUAGGGGUAGAUUAUGCAGGUCCAGUUAUGCUGCGAGCGAGCCGGCAACGUAAGGCUCCUCAAAUUAAAGCGUACAUUGUUUUAUUUGUGUGCAUGUCCACUAAGGCAGUUCAUUUAGAUUUAGUUACGGAAUUAUCGACAGAAGCCUUUAUAGCUACUUUGAAAAGAUUUGUUUCACGGCGCGGUAAGUGUUCGAUCAUUCAUAGCGAUAAUGGCAAAAACUUUGUAGGUGCUAAUAAAGAAUUAUCUGACUUAUUUAAAUUUUUUAAAGCAGAAGAAAAUAAGCGACCUUUAAUUUCAGCCGUUACACAAUUAGGUAUUACUUGGCAGUUUACACCUACGUAUGCUCCACACUUUGGCGAUUUAUGGGAAGGGUCGAUAAAAAUAAUGAAAUCACAUUUGCGUAGAGUGAUUGGGUCGCAUUGUUUAACUUACGAGGAAUAUGUUACAUUGCUUACACAGGUCGAGGCAGUACUAAAUUCACGUCCUUUAUUAAGUAUGUCGGAUGACAGCACAGAUGCGUCAUAUUUAUCCCCCAGUCAUUUUUUAAUAGGUGAUAUAAUGACUCCUGUACCAGAACCAUAUAAUCCAAAUUUGAGUGCAAAUAAAUUAAAAAUUUAUAAACAGAUUACGACCAUGCGUGAUCAAUUUUGGAAAACAUGGUCAAAUCAAUAUUUAAACCAAUUACAGACCCGACAUAAAUGGUCAGACAGUUGUUCAAAUUUAAAAAUUGAUAGUGUUGUAUUAAUUAAGGAAGACAAUGCACCACCAUUGUACUGGCAACUUGCCAGAAUUGUUGACAUAAAACCAGGUGCAGAUGGUAAAGUUAGAGUCGUUAAUAUUAAAACUAAUAAAGGAAUUUAUACCAGACCAAUAACUAAAAUUGUACCUCUUCCGAUAGAAUAA